GCAAACUAUAAAACUUUUAGACAAUAUGGUUCCUUGUCCAAGGUUUCCAGUUUUUGGUUCUCUCUUCAACAUGAUUCUUCUUCUUAUACUUUCAACACUCAUUGCAACAAAGAUUAGAAAAAGGGGCAAUUCUGGAAACUUAAGUGUCUGUGCAGAGUAUGGGAAGCCUCAAGAACAGAUAAAAGAAGAAAGUACAACUAGUUGUUGUCCUAAGGAUUCCUGGGGUAAACUGGAGGUGAAGGGAUACGAACCCAAGGGUGUAAUAGAGAAGGUAGGAGACCUGGAAAUGUACAGGGCAGGGGAGGGGGAGAAGUGCAUCAUCUGGAAUUAUGAUAUCUUUGGAAUCAAUAGCGGUAGAAAUAAACAGACUGUUGAUCUGUUUUCUGAGUCUGGAUAUAUGGUUAUCAUGCCAGACUACUUCAGGAAUGGAGAUUUCCGAUCCCCUGAAGAUGCUGAUGUUGAUAAGUUUAUCAAGGAAAAAACAAAUUGGAAGAAUUUGGAGAAAGAUUGGAAAGAAAAAAUACUUCCGUAUGCAGAGUCUCAUGGAGCUAAGAGGUUUGCUUCAUUAGGAACAUGUUGGGGAUCCUACGUUGUCAUUAGAAUGAGUGCUGAUCCUAAAUUUUGUUCUGGAGUUUCCUGGCAUCCCAGUCAUACACCAAUGACCGAUACACUUGGGGAGGAUGUCAAGGAGCUGAUGAAGGCUGUUCAGUGUCCCCAGCUAAUUAUGCCCGCAGGACCAGAUUCGCCAGCAGAUCAGAAAGGAGGAGAGAAUGUCAAGAUCCUAGAAGAGGGAGCUGGCGUUGAAGUUAUUGAGUUCCCAGAUAUGCAGCAUGGAUGGACAGUCAGGGGGGAUAUGUCUGAUCCUAAAGUGAAGAGGGAUGUCUUGAAGGCGAUCAACGAAACAUUGGAGUUUUUCAAAAAACAUCUGUAAUUUAUGCAUUUUUAAUGGAACUAUGGAACAAACGAGUAUACAAAGUUAAAAAAUGAUUAAACUGGAUAAAAUCACUUGUUUUGGAAUGAAUUGACAUAUAUGUAUAUAUACAAGUUGAAUAAAAAUUUGAACGUCUU